UAAAAGAAAGAACAAAACUUGACGUUUAUCACUCUCUUCACUCUCUUGUGAUACAAGAAUGCCACUUUUCGCUAGGGCACAGUCUGAGCAAUCUUCCAUCUCUCGUUUUGAAUGUUAAGGACUGCUGUAGCUUGGAGGUUUGGGCUUUAGCAAUUGAUAUUUAAUUAGGGACAAACAGAACUAUUAUGGAUCGGUUUUGUGGUUCUGCAUCUCUCAUGAUAGUAUCAGAUCUUGAUUUUACAAUGGUUGACCAUCUUGAUCCAGAUAACCUCUCUCUUCUUAGAUUCAAUGCUCUAUGGGAAGCCUAUUACCGUCAAAAUUCUCUGCUUGUGUUUUCUAGUGGCAGGUCACCUACAAUUUAUAAACAGUUAAAGAAUGAGAAGCCCUUGUUGACCCCUGAUAUAACCAUAAUGUCUGUUGGAACUGAGAUUAUGUAUGGUGAGUCAAUGGCAAGAGAUGACGACUGGGAAAAAUACUUGAAUCACAGGUGGAACAGGGAAAUAGUCACAGAGGAAACAGCCAAGUUUCCUGAGCUUACUCCUCAGGCAGAAACAGAGCAAAGGCCUCACAAGGUAAGCUUUUUUGUGGAGAAGAUUAAAGCCUUGGAAGUUAUAGGGGCUCUCACAGAACUUUUAGAGAAACGUGGGCUGGAUGUGAAAGUGAUAUACAGUAAUGUGACGGCUUUGGAUAUAUUACCAAAACGUGCUGGCAAAGGACAGGCUCUUGCAUAUUUGCUGAAAAAAUUUGAAGCUAAUGGAAAAGUGCCUAUCAAUACUCUUGUGUGUGGUGACUCUGGUAAUGAUGCUGAACUCUUCAGCAUUCCUGAAGUAUAUGGUGUGAUGGUUAGCAAUGCCCAGGAAGAAUUAUUGCAGUGGCAUGUGGAGAAUGCAAAGAGUAAUUCUAACAUAAUUCACGCAACAGAGAGAUGUGCAUCUGGGAUCAUACAAGCCAUUGGAAGCUUUAGGCUUGGUCCAAAUGUUUCUCCAAGAGACAUUAAAGACUUCCAAAAGUGCAGAGCAGAAAUUUUUGGUCCCAGUCAUGAAGUUCUGAAGUUUUAUUUGUUUUAUGAAAGAUGGCGACGUGCAGAAGUUGAGAAAUCCAUAGAAUAUAUGAAAAGUUUAAAAUUAGUACUUUUUCCAUUGGGCACUUUUGUCCAUCCCUCAGGAGUUGAGCAACCUGUUGACCAUUGCAUAGAAGCAAUGACAAGGUUGUAUGGGGAUAAGCAAGGAAAGCAAUAUCAGAUUUGGUUGGAUCAGGUGUCUUCAGCGCAAGUUGGUUCAGACACAUGGCUUGUGAAGUUCUAUAAGUGGGAGUUAUCAGGGGAGGAGAGGCAUUGCUGUUUGACCAGAGUCUUGCUGAGCUCUAAGGUAUCAAUGCUUUCCAUUUUCAACUGUCACUUCCCUUCUUGAUCUACACAGUCUGAGGUGCCAGAUGGUUUCACAUGGAUGCACAUGCAUCAGACUUGGUUGGAUGGUUCAGCACCGAAAGAGCUAACAACUUGGUUAUUCUAGGUUUCAAAUCAGUUCAGAAUUUAUUUGUUUUGACCCAAAUAUUGGUGUUUAUUUCCUGGCUAGGCAGCUGGAAACAAUCAAUUGAUUGGCUGAUUUUGCUGCCAAAUUUCUCGGCAAUGUAGCAAUGUCGGUACAUCAAGAAUGGAUUGCAACACUUGAAUACUGAGUACAGGAACUAGAGACCACCAAGGCUAGGUCAUUGAUGGGCGCGCAUUAAAUGAACUAUAGCCCAGCAAAAGUGGGAGAAGCAAGUGUCAUUCGCAAAGCUUGCCUUGUAGCCCAGCAGGUAAGUUUAGUCGUCUUUGCAACAUCUUCUGCUAUUGUAGCAGCAGCAAUCCAAGCUCAAGAAGCUAGAUCAUUGAUUCAGAAGCUAUAUUUUAGAAGAGAAAAGAUAGCUGUUAGCUUUUUGUAGAGAAGCUACUAUAGGUCGUGCAAGUUGGAUAGCGAAUAAAGCUGCAGAAUAGCUGGCAAAGAGCUGUUCUAACUUUUUUGUUCCCAUAUUGCUGUUCUUUAUGUCCCGCAAAGGAUGUUGAAGAAUAUUUUGUAUUCUGAUACUGCUAUGCUGCCUUGUGAUGCAAUGCAAUUUUUUUUGUUUAA